AUGGGCAUGUUCAAAAAGCAAUACUCCACUAACCGAUACGAGGAGGUUACUACGGCCGAGCUAGUCAAUCUUAGACAGGGGGAAGACGAAACUCUCAGAGCCUUCAUGCAUCGAUACAAUCAUGCCGCCCGGAGGAUAAAAGGUGCCAGUCCUGAGUUCAUCAUUAGUAGUCUGCCCAAUUGCCUAAAAGCGGGAUUCGUCUCAGAAAGCUUAUACGCCGAGUUACCCAGUACAUUGGAGGAAUUACAGCAAAAAAUGGCCAAAUUUAUCAAGAUGGAAGACCAGAGGAUCUUUCGGAAACAACAACACGAGGAGCACCCGGUGAAUGGUAACAAGAAGGAGGGGAAGCGUCGGGUUGAGAACGCCCGGGAUCAGAAACCCCCGACGAAUCUAAACCCUAGGUACGAUCACUAUGCGCACCUCACCGUCCCUAGAGAAAAGGUGUUGGAAAGGGCUUUACAGUCCAACCUGAUCUUUCAAAGAAGAAAAUUUCCACCCAAGAACGUGGACACGGCGCAGGUAUGCCGAUUCCAUAAUUCAGGGGGACACACCACUGAAAGCUGCCAAACUCUCAAAGAUGAAUUGGAGAAGCUGAUCCGUGUCGGACACCUCCGGGAAUUAGUGAAAGAAGACUCGGCCCGUGCAUGA